CUCCGCGACACCGCGUCGCACACGCGCGAGCGUCUACGAGCGUCAUCGACGUGUCAUCUGCCACAUCCACCAACAUCCACCUCGUGCUGCACGGGUGUAACGCGAUGCUCGCGUGAAUGAGUAUGCCCGUGCUUACUCGCGCAACGCGAUGGAAAAUCACGAGGAAGACGAGUUGGAGGAGCUUCGCUCCACAAUCUAUACUUUCCCACCGAAUGUGCAGAAUGUGAUCGAACAGAUCUUGACCAUCACUGAUCCAUUGGACCAACCCAAUUUCAAUGUGGUGGACUACAUAAACAAUUUAUUUCCCACUGAACAGUCAUUGUCAAACAUCGACGAAGUGGUGAAUAAAAUAGAAAAUAAGAUACACACUAUUGAUAAAGAGAUACGGUCAGUCGUACGUGGUCAGACAAAUGUGGGUCAGGAUGGCAGAGCAGCAUUGGAGGAUGCACAAAAGGUGAUAAGGCAAUUAUUUGUCCAUAUAAAAGACAUAAAAGACAAGGCGGAACAAUCCGAGGAGGUGGUCAAGGAAAUUACAAGGGAUAUCAAACAGUUGGAUUUUGCUAAGAAGAAUCUUACUGCCUCAAUAACAACAUUGAACCACUUGCACAUGCUUGUGGAAGGAGUGGAUAACUUGAAAGUAUUAACACAAAAGAAGCAAUAUGGAGAAAUUAUUUUACCGUUGCAAGGAGUGAUGCAGGUGAUGCAACAUUUUAAUAGCUACAUGGACAUACCACAAGUGAAGCAAUUAUCCGAUCAAGUUCAGCAAAUUCAGGAUGAGUUGGCCCAGCAAAUUACAGCGGAUUUCAAACAGGCCUUUUCAGGCCAGAAUCCAAAGCAUUUCAAUCAGUUGACGGAAGGAUGUUUAGUAUUAUCAGAAUUACAUCCUAAAGUGAAGAAAGAUCUGCUCGUUUGGUUUGUAAAUAUUCAAUUGCAAGAAUAUGCACAUUUAUUCGAUGAGAAUCAGGAUUUUGCCUGGUUGGAUAAGAUAGAUCGAAGAUAUGCAUGGAUCAAAAAACAUCUAAUCGACUUUGAAUCUAAGUUCGGUAUAAUCUUUCCUCAAGAUUGGGAGAUUUCCGAGCGAAUAGCCGUACAAUUCUGCCAUGUCACGCGUGAAGAUCUUACUAAGUUGAUGAACAAGAGACGUAAUGAGAUAGACGUUAAAUUGUUGCUUUAUGCGAUUCAAAGAACCAGUAAUUUCGAAGCGCUGCUAGCGAAGCGUUUUAUCGGCAGCACUUUGGAGACUACUGAUACUAAGAACACGUCAGUCAGUAAUGAAGUUGCGGAGAAAGUUCCGGGAAAUCCUUUUGAAGAAGAUGAAAAGGUUGAAAACGAAAAACCGAGGCCAUCUCCAUUCGAAAAACUAAUAGGACGAUGUUUCGAGCCGUAUUUGAGCAUUUACAUAGAAAGUUUGGAUCGCAAUUUGGCAGAUCUGAUGGACAAGUUUGUGUCCGAUUCUAAAACGCAGCCGCCAGGUGCUAAAGAAUUCGACGGCAUUGAAGGCCCGAGCAGUGUCUUGAGUUCAUGCGCCGAUCUGUUUGUAUUUUAUAAAAAGUGCAUGUUGCAAUGUACGCAACUCAGCACCGGUUUAAUUAUGCUGAGCCUCGCCGAGACUUUUCAAAAGUAUCUACGAGAAUAUGCAGUUAAAAUCUUACAGAAUAAUUUACCCAAAGGCAGUGCAGGAAUUGGUACCAGCAUGGGCAAUAUCACACGUGAUCUCAGGGAGCUAUCAACUUCAGGUUUCAUACAAAAUUUCCAAAGUUUAUUAAAGGAGGGAGAAACUACCAGAUUUAAUAAAGAGGAACAAUCUCGUAUAUGCUGUAUCUUAACAACCGCAGAAUAUUGUUUAGAAACGACACAGCAAUUAGGGGAGAAACUUCGUGAAAAGACAGAUAAAUGCUGUUCGGAUAAAAUAAACUUGUCUCAAGAACAGGAUAUCUUUCACAACGUGAUUUCUAAUUGCAUUCAGUUGCUAGUUCAAGAUCUGGAAACAGCAUGUGAAUCCGCAUUGACUGCAAUGACUAAGGUACAAUGGAGUUCUGUAGAAGUUGUGGGCGAUCAGAGUAAUUAUGUUAAUACAAUAAUAGCGCAUCUUCGACAAACAAUACCCACCAUACGAGAUAGACUAUCCUCUUGUAGAAAAUACUUCACACAAUUUUGUGUCAAAUUUGCCAGCUCUUUUAUACCAAAAUUAGUACAACAAUUAUUUAAAUGUAAGCCAUUAAACGCGGUCGGUGCGGAACAGCUAUUAUUAGAUGUCCACAUGUUGAAAACAGCUUUGCUAGAUCUUCCGUCGACGGGUUAUCAAAUACAAAGAAAAGCUCCAGUCACAUAUACCAAAGUUGUGGUCAAAGGUAUGGCAAAUGCUGAAAUGAUAUUAAAGAUUGUAAUGUCUCCAAUUGAAUCUCCCAGCGACUUUGUAAAACAGUGCAAUAUACGCUUACCCGAUUUGCAGUCUUCGGAAUUUCAAAAGAUUUUAGAUAUGAAGGGAUUGAAAAAGACGGACCAAACUGUAUUGAUCGAGCAAUUUAAACAAUCUGAAAACACGAAUGUUGCAAGCGCUACAAAAAGUCACGUAGUACCUAACAGCCCAGAACAUGAAGCUGGAAGAAUUAAGCGGCUAGAGAAACUCAUUAAGAAACGAAUUUAAAAUAUUAGAUAUAAUAUUCAUUGUAUAUACUUAAUUUAUAGGAAUUCUCUCUUAUUUUAAGAUAAUAAAAAUCCUUUAUACAAAAUGGAAAAGCAGAAAUAUAAACGUGGGAAUAUUCUAGCAAAUAAA